GCAUGAAUGGGUCGGCCAUUGAAAAUUUCUCCUGUGUGAUUUAUAAUGUUUCCCUCAUGAACUGCACUUGGCAGGCAGGCAGGGAUGCUCCAGAAGACACCCAAUACUUUCUCUACUGGCAGAACUCAAGACACGAUGGUGAUGCAGUGGAGUGUGAGCUUUACAUGAAAGACGAAACUGGCAGAAACACAGGAUGUAGAUUUCAAAAUGUGAAGAUAGAUACUGAAAUAGCUUACUUCCUGGUGAAUGGAUCUAGCAAAGACUCCCUGAUCCAGUUCUAUGAUGAGUACAUUCAACUGUAUGAAAUUG